CCUCCUUCUCCAUUUCUAUCCAGUGCUUCAAAUCUAGCAAUCCUUCUUUUCUCCCUUCCUUGAUCCUUCCCCACCUGCCAUGGCCUCAGAUCCGGUGAUAAUACGUGAUAUUUUUUACCGUUUGGUCUUGUUUCUUCAGCUUGAUACUUCCAUUUCCAUGGAGAUAACCGCGUUUUGGUUGUGGCUCGAGGGAAAUUAUGACCAUACUGAUUAUCUUGAGCGCAUAGACUCAUUUGAUGAUGAUCACUUUCAGGCAAUUGCUUUUGUGGCCAAAAGUUUUGUCGAAACCCUAAAUCUAGACCACUGUGAUUUAAGCAAUACAAGAAGUCCCUUUCAACAAGAAGCAAUUGAAGGAAUUGCUUUCUAUCUCAACAAUGUUUGCUACAAGGCCUUAAAAGAUCUUCAUGGACACGAAGAGACGGAGGAGUUUCCAGAUCAGAUAUGUCGAGACAAUGAAGGAAACUUGAAUGAUCAAGUUCCUUUGAGCACGGACGAUCUUCUAUCCAAGAUCAAAUCUCUGUAUGCAAACAAUCAAGAAAAUCAUGGAGAAAGCUCUAGUUAUAGAAGCAUCCAGUAUCCAAGAAACCAUAUCCUCCAAGAUACAAAAGUGGCAAUAGACGAGUAUGCAUCAUCUUUGUGUUUGGUGUCAUUCUUGGAUAACCUGAGUUUAAGGGAGAAGCAUAGUGAUCCAGUAAUACAACAACCUUCUGAUGUUCCAAAUGAUGAAAGAACUUUAUUUGUGACUUUCUCCAAUGGCUACCCGUUGUCAAAAGAUGAACUAUACGAUUUCUUCAUGAGGCACUACGGAGAUAUUGAAGAUAUAACCAUAGAAGAGCCACCUGAACCUAGGCCACCACUCUUUGCACAAGUCACGUUUUACUCGCAAUUGACACUGCUCCGUGUCCUUGAUGGCAACAAGAGAGUCAAAUUCAUGACAAGAGGGAAGCAUCUGUGGGCUCGACAAUUUGUGCCAAAGAAAAAGAAGUCAAAGAAUGAUGAGGCAAACCUGAUUGACUAAGUACUGGAGUACUUAUGUUUUAAGCAUAUUGGUUGGAACAAACUCUGCACUUCUAAAACUUAUUAUCAUCCUUAUGGAUCUUGUUACCCUGUUGUAACCAUACCUUUAUGGUCAUGGUCCUGAACUUCUAUUUUGUAUUGUCAUAACAACUUAAAUUUGUACUUGCCUUUAGAACAUUUUGUUUGGAAUCAUAAUUACCAUGUGGUUGCUAUUUUGUGAUGGUGUUUAGUUGAUGUAGAAAAUCUAGUAACCUGUGAUGAUUUCUUAAAGAAAUAUGGUAAGUUUCUAAUUUCAAGUAGUUCCCACUACUUGGAAAAUAGGGAGGAUGGCCAUAGAUCACCUUUAAUAUUUGCCAUAUCAA